AUGAGCAAUAUUUCAAGAAAUGGUUUUGUUCAUUCCAUAAAAGUUCCACGUAUUUAUAAAACUGCUUCUCUAAUUGCACAAAAAGUUUACGAAGGUGGAAGUUUAAAAGAUCUUGUUUACAAAAGUGGUCAUAAGAAUAUUAAAGGCGUUUAUGCCUUAGUCGUAAAAGCAAUUCAAUAUAAUCAUGAGUUAGAUGAACUCAUGAAGAAAUCAAAAUUGUUAAAAAACGAAAGCCGUUUACAACCAUGGUUAGCAAAAAUAUUAAUCACUGAAUUAUUUUUCGGUAAAAAAGAAUUAAAAGGUGAAAGCAAACCCGUUCAAACAAUUUUAAACUAUAAGAAAAAUUUAGAAAAAUUAUUAAAGAAAAUAAAUUUUAAUUUGAAAAACACUUGUUCUAAAGUUCAUAAACUUUUAAAAGAUGAAUUUAAUAUUGUCGGAUUUCCAAACAGAGCAUGGUCUCUCAUUUGUGCUGUUAUCGUAGUCAACAUAAUUAUAAUUUCAUAUGUUUGGAGAGCAUACAAGCAAGAAGUUAACGAUGAGAAGAAUGAUGAUAUAACAAAGCCUAGAUAUGUUAGAGUGAAUACAUUGUACAACACGCCAGAUGAAAUAAUUAAAAAAUUUAGAAAAGAUGGAUGGACUUUUAUUCCAGUACCUAAUGAUUAUUUUGAAUUCAUAAAAGUCAUUUCUAAUUUAGGAGACGAUUCAUUUACAAAAGAUUUUCACAUAAAGGAAUUGUUAGUUUUUCCCAGUAGUGUACAAUUUUAUGAAAAUGAACUUUAUCAAAAUGGCAGUAUUUUACUACAAGACAAGGCAAGUUGUCUACCUGCCUUUUUGCUUAAACCUACACCAAAUUCAAUCGCACUGGACAUGUGUGCUGCUCCUGGAAUGAAAACAACACAUUUAUCAGCCAUAAUGAGAAAUAAGGGAACAGUUUAUGCGAGUGAAAUGGAUCCCAAUAGAUAUCAAGUUUUAUGCGACUUGAUUAAAAAUUCUGGAUGUAAUAAUGUGAUCACAUUAAACAUAGAUGCUCUUAAACUAAAUGCAGAUGCAAAUGAUUCUCAAAUGGAAUGGUGUAAAGAUGUCGAAUAUAUUUUAGUCGAUCCUUCAUGUUCUGGAUCAGGUAUCGUCGACAGAAUGAAUAUAUUCGAGGGUGAAAAGAAAAAUAAUAAAAGGAUAAAAAAAUUAUGCGGUUUUCAAUUUAAAUUGUUACUGCACGCUUUAACCAAAUUUCCAAACGCCAAGCGAGUCGUUUAUUCAACUUGUUCGGUGCUAGCAGAAGAAAAUGAAAAAAUAGUCGAAGAUGUUUUGGCGAAGUUGAAUGAAUCGACGCCGGAUGACGAAGGUAAUGAAAAUUUUUUAAAUUUUAAUUUAGUCGAACCUUUAAAAGAUGUUUGGAUACGUAGAGGAUCCGACAGGUAUCCUCACGGUAAAUAUUGUAUUUUUUCCGAUCCCGAACAUGAUUUGACUAACGGUUUUUUCAUAGCCGUUUUCGAAAGAACCGUUAACGGUUAA